UGUACGAUUGUCAUCAUAUUAUUGUUUAUUUUGUAAUUUUUUACAUUGUAUUUUAACUAAAUGAAUAAUACAUUAGUUUUCACAUCGUCAGGUCCACCAGAUCAAUAAAGAAUAAAAUGACUGAUUCAAAUUUGGAGCCGGUAAAGGAAGAAAAUAUUGUAGAAUGUCGCGCUUGUUUACAAGAAAUUAAUUCAGAUUCUACAUAUUACAAUUUGUUUGAUUGUGUGGGACAGCAGGAGCAAAUGGGAUCUACUAUAGCGGAAAAAUUGUCCAACAUUGCUCAUAUUGAAAUAUCAGAUGCCGAUGAACUUCCAAAGGUUAUAUGUGACAUGUGCUGUACGUUAUUACAAAGUGCUCACAGUUUUGCCGUUACUGUUAGAAAAACUGAUGAAUUGCUUCGGCAAAAAUUUGCAAAUGUCCAAAAAGAGUCUGAAAUUGUAUGGCCAAAACCGAUUCAAAUCAGUAAUAACAUAGAUACACAUUAUAUUCCACAUGCGGAUAUAAAAGAAGAGGUGCUAUCUGAAGAUGAAUGCUUUGCAAAACAAGAUUCUGAUGAACAUAAUAUUUCAAAAGUGGAAAUUAAAGUUGAAUCUAAUUCACAAGACCGUGAGCUAAACAUACCCAUAGAUAAUGAAGAAUGCAGGUUAGACAAUAUGCAGAUAGAAUACUUAGAAUCUGUAAAUGAUGAAAGCGUGGAGCCAAAAGAGAAUACUGCCAUCAAGGAAGAGCCAAUAAGCGAUGAAGAAAUGGAGACCGUAGAAUCUUUAGAUUGUAUGCUGUGUACAAAAACAUUCAAUAGUGUUAGUGGAUUAAAAGCUCACGUUAUCACACAACAUUCCUACAAGGGUGUAAAAAGAAAAUCAAAUAAUACCGUCUCACCAAAAAAAGUUAAAUACACGUAUGUUUGCGAAAUAUGUAAACGAGCAUUUGCUACAUCUACAGAUCUGAUGGUUCACGAGACCUGCCACGACAAGUGUAAAUGUUACCUGUGCCAUAAAAGUUUCCCCACAUUCCGCGAUCUAUCGCAGCACCGGCUCACCUGUUGUGAAUCAAAAACACCAGAAACAUACUUGCAAAAACCAGAAAGUAGUAAAGAUGCACCGAAACCAACGAAACCAACUACAGAUGCAUUGAAACCAAGAACUACAGAGUUAACAAACUCAAGAACUACAGAGACAACAAAACAGAAGAAAUUUACUAAAUACUCACCAAAGCCGAAAAUUACUACAGAGGCUUCGGAAUCGAGCGAUACUGAUACAUCGGAACCAAGAAAAUAUGUAUACUCACAAAAGCGCAAAAGUACCAAGGAAGCACUUAUUUCCCCAAAUACUACAGAGUUGACAAUACCAAACAACACCAUGGAGUCGCAAUUACAAAUAAGUUCACAGGUGAUUUCGCGUCGUCACCGGGUUUCCUACAACCAGCUAGAAUCUUUGUGGGAGAUUUUGGAUUCCCACAGAGAUAUAGCUGUUGGUUUUAACAAAUCGGCGCAGGCUCGCGAAUAUUCCAAAAGAAUGUGGACAAUGGUCGCGGAGCGUCUUAAUUCUAUGGGAAAAGGUGCCACGAAAGAUUGGAAGGGAUGGUCGCAAUAUUGGAUAGAUUUAAAAGCAAAAUUAAAAAAGAAAGCAGCUCGCAUUCGUGCUACCCAAAAUCGCACAGGAGGUGGCCCACCGCACAGGAGGUGGAGUGAGGCUCCUCUAACAGAUGUGGGGAAAAAGUUUUUAAGUUUGCUUGGGAAGGACUAUGGGAGCGGGCUACCCAAUACCCAAGUGGAUCCUUUUCCUGAUCUAACUCAAUUGGAGCAUGAUGUGCCAGCUCCCGCUCAAGUACCUACACCAGAGCUGUCACCAGUGCUGCAGGUACAUGUACUUUCUCCAGAGCCUGCACAAGUUGCGGAAUCAAAACCUGCGCCUGCACCAGCUAGUCGACGACGACAUAGCAGGCGACAGCCAAUGAGCCAACAAAUGGCUAGAGAAGCUCUAGUCAACAUAUCCAGAAACAGGCUCUUGGUAGCUCAAAGCAAAGUAGAGCAUCUGGGCACCAUUGCUCAAAAUCUAAAUAGAUAAUAUAAUGAAGCCCAGCAACAGAUAUGUGAAAAAUUAAAUGAAAUAGCAUCAGCGUUAACAAGGAGUCCGAGAAGACCAGAGUCUAGAGACGAGGGAGUGCCUUACAUUUAAACCUUCCCUGGGCUCUUCAUUUUGGCUGGAGCUGGAUAUUGUGUGAGUUUGUUGGUAAGUAAGAUUAUUCUCAAAGAACAAAGACUGAAAAAAGAAUAUUUUAUUUUUAUAAUUUCUAGUUUAUUUUAAUGGUUAAUGUCAGACUUUAGUUUACAUAUUAUUAUGUUAUAGUAGGGGAGGGGAGGGUGCUAAUUUUGUAGUCACUCGAGCGUCCUGGAAACCUAGUGGGUUUUUACAUUAGGCAAAAUGGCUACAAAAAUAAUAAGAGGUUUUUUUUAGCGGUGGGUUCAGAAAC